CAUAUCUACUAACAUGAAAAGAGCAAGAGAUGGUCAGGCCCUCCCCUCCCUCUUCAGUCUAGUCUGAUCGCAUUUCUGUGCAUAAUCUCGUCAACUCUCCAAUAAAAUAGUCGCUUUGUUUCCGCCAUUAUUCUACUGGCACCACUCACCUGACAGUCUGGUCGAUUCUCGCCAGCAUUCACUUUGCAGAGGGUUGGCCAGAUGAAACAGCUCUGUCUGCGGAGCCGAAGUAUCAGGAGCUUCUUCUCCUCCCCCGCAGGCCGGAGAUGCGCGGAGGAGAAUGGCUCCGCCGUGGCCCCCAAGAGAAAUUCCAGUGAGGCCGAGCUUGAGGCGAAGCUGGUGAAGAAGCCUACAUGGAGGUGCUUCGCUUAUGAGGAAAUCCACAGAGCAACCAACGGCUUCCAUCAAAAUAAAUUGGUAGGGAGAGGAGGGCAUGCGGAAGUUUACAGAGGAGAGCUUGAUGAUGGCCAGGUGAUAGCAGUGAAGAGACUAACAAUAGCAGCGAGUGAUGAGCAGACGGAGAAGGAGUUCUUGACAGAGCUUGGAACUGUUGGCCAUGUCCGGCAUCCUAAUGUUACCGCAUUCCUGGGAUGCUGCAUCGAUCGAGAUCUUCAUCUCAUCUUUGAAUUUUCUUCUCUCGGCUCCGUUUCCUCCAAUCUACACAAUGCAGAUUCAUCGCCAAUGCCGUGGAAGCUACGUCACAAGACGGCGGUGGGAACGGCCCGAGGACUCCAUUAUCUGCACAAGGGAUGCCAGAGAAGGAUCAUUCACAGGGAUAUAAAGUCUUCAAACAUUUUGCUUUCAGCAAACUUUGAGCCACAGAUUUCAGAUUUUGGGCUUGCAAAAUGGCUUCCAUCUGAGUGGACUCACCGGGCCGUUGCGCCGAUCGAAGGCACAUUUGGAUGCUUGGCGCCUGAGUACUUCACCCAUGGAAUUGUGGAUGAGAAAACUGAUGUAUUUGCCUUUGGGGUCUUUAUUCUAGAGAUUAUUUCAGGGAAGAAACCAGUGGAUGGAUCCCACAAGAGCCUGCUUAGCUGCGCAAAACCAUAUUUAAAUGAUGGAACGAUACAAUUAUUGGUAGAUAGAAGAUUGGGAGAGGAGUAUGAUAUUGAUCAGUUGAAGAGGCUCUCCUUCAUAGCUUCUCUUUGCAUCAGGCCAAAUGCAGCUUGGCGCCCUUCCAUGGCUGAGGUUUUGAAUCUUAUAGAAGGUGGAGAUGUGUCUUCUGAAAGGUGGAAGAUGCCUGAGGUAGAAGAGGAGGAAUUGUGGGAUUUGGAUGAUCUGGACGACUGUGAUGUGCCCACGUCAUCAUCUUCUUCUUUAUCAUCAACAAUGGGUGGUUGAUAACUUUACUGAUUUGUUAGCUGAAAUCUCUUAGAUAAUCUAAGUUUUUGUAAAUUUGAAAAGGAUUGUAUGUAAAAUAGAAAUUUAGAAGAAGAAACCUAACCCCAUUAGGAGAGGUAAAGUGGGAGGAAUGUACAUAAACCAACUACUCAUUCGCAGCAGUGUGCUCUUGUUUACAGUAAAUUCAUGUUACAUUAAAUACUAUAUUACAUAUAUUUUAUAUGGUAUUUUAUACUAGAAAAGCAUGAACAGAAAAGAGCUCUCAUCGAAGCAACCAUUCUUGGCAAGAAAGGCAUUGGCGAUAGAGCGAUUCAAUCGGCACUUUCCCCAUCAGAGCAAACUAUAGACAUCGACUUUCAUGCCCAAAGCCCUCACCACAAUCAUGACUGGAGCUCAUUGGGAAGGCAAUGCACAGGAUCACAGUUUGAGCUC